AUGUUGACCCUGGUCAGAGCAGCCAGGCAGCAGGUGUGCCAUGCCAUUGGGUUGCGGGCUCAGACGUUUGUUCCCCGCUGUCAGCAAACCGUGCCAUUGCUUAUUCAAGGAUGUCGCUGGAGAGGUGACAAAAGUGAGCUGAAGAGGCGCAUGAAAGCGGAGAAAAAGGCUGCCGAGAAGGAAGCUAAGGUUAAAGACCAGCUGCAGCAGAAUAAGGAGACCAAUGACAAGGCUCAGCAGGAGGCAUAUGCGGCUGAUGAGGAGUCCUUGGACCCCAACCAAUACUUCAAGAUACGCACGCAGGCCGUUCAGGCUCUGAAGGGGACCGCAGAAGACCCCUAUCCUCACAAGUUUCAUGUGGACUUGUCGCUUACUGACUUCAUCGAAAAAUACAACCACCUUCAACCAGGGGACCAGUUAACAGAUGUACUCAGUGUGGCAGGUCGUGUCCAUGCCAAGAGGGCCUCAGGUGCCAAAUUACUCUUCUAUGACCUGCGAGGAGAGGGGGUUAAGCUGCAAGUCAUGGCAAAUUCCAGGAAUUACAAAUCGGAGGAAGACUUUGUUCACAUCAACAAUAAAUUGCGGCGUGGUGACAUUAUCGGUGUCCGUGGUAACCCUGGGAAGACAAAGAAGGGAGAAUUGAGCAUCAUACCAAUUGAGAUGACCCUGCUGUCUCCAUGUCUGCACAUGCUUCCCCACCUCCACUUUGGCCUGAAAGACAAGGAAACACGAUACCGUCAGCGAUACUUGGACUUGAUUCUCAAUGACUUUGUGAGACAGAAGUUUGUGACCCGGUCCAAGAUCAUUACUUACCUGCGCAACUUCUUGGACCAGCUUGGUUUCCUUGAGGUUGAGACUCCAAUGAUGAACUUGAUUCCUGGAGGGGCAGUAGCUCGACCUUUUGUCACCUACCACAAUGAACUUGAUAUGAACCUUUACAUGAGGAUUGCCCCAGAGCUUUACCAUAAGAUGCUGGUGGUUGGAGGAAUGGACCGUGUCUAUGAGAUUGGUCGUCAGUUUCGAAAUGAGGGCAUUGACCUCACCCACAACCCAGAGUUCACCACCUGUGAGUUUUAUAUGGCCUAUGCUGACUAUCAUGACCUGAUGGAAAUCACAGAGAAGCUUCUUUCAGGAAUGGUGAAGCAUAUCACUGGAGGCUACAAGGUGACUUACCACCCUGAUGGACCAGAGGGACAGGCCUAUGAAAUUGACUUCACUCCACCUUUCAGAAGAAUAAGCAUGACUCACGACCUAGAAAAAGAGAUGGGUGUGAAGUUUCCAGCUCCUGAAACCUAUGAUUCUAAUGAAACUCGCAAAUUCUUUGACGAUCUGUGUGUCCAGAAAGGAGUGGAAUGUCCACCUCCCAGAACGACCGCUCGUCUGCUAGAUAAGUUGGUGGGAGACUUUCUGGAGGUGACGUGCAUCAACCCAACAUUCAUUUGUGACCACCCUCAAAUCAUGAGCCCCCUGGCAAAAUGGCACAGAUCACAGAAAGGGCUGACCGAGCGCUUUGAGCUCUUUGUCAUGAAGAAAGAGAUCUGCAACGCCUAUACCGAGUUGAACGACCCAAUCAGGCAACGAGAGCUCUUUGAACAACAGGCUAAGGCCAAGGCAGAAGGUGAUGAUGAGGCUAUGUUCAUAGAUGAAACAUUCUGCAGUGCGUUAGAAUACGGCCUUCCGCCUACUGCAGGCUGGGGCAUGGGUAUCGACCGCCUCACCAUGUUCCUCACAGACUCCAACAACAUCAAGGAGGUCCUUUUCUUCCCUGCCAUGAAGCCUGACGAUAAUAAGCCUGUCCCUCCAGCAGAGGGAACUUCAGUUUAACACUGACCUUCGAUGCCACCUGCUGAGAAAUCAAAGUCAUUCUGAUGAAAUAUAGAGAUGAUUCGUCCAUACAGGGGUUCUCGCUUCCGCCGAGCUGUUCAGGUUACUGUUAAGAUUGGGGUUUAUAUCUGCAACGUAAAAGGCUUUUCACAUUCAGUAAAAAGGGAAUGGUCUCUACAUUUUUCUCUUCAAAUGCACAAAGUUAGGCAGGAACAGUGAACCCUAUUUUACUGUCGCUGUUGCCUGUUGUCUCUUCCUCACAUCAAUUUAUGGGCUGAAGCAAUUAAGCAGAUUCAAAUUCGGCCAUACUUUUGAUGUUAUACUGGUUUUAAUACCUACUGUCCACUCUUUUUUUAAUAGUCCUCACAAUGGUCAUAGAAAUAAACCUGUAAGUGCAUAAUAAACUAUCUAUGGUAUUUUA